CAUAGUUCGUGAUGUUACUUUGUGGAUUGCAUCUAAAGAAGAAAGUGACUUUUUGAUAAAAUCUAGAUUAGAGUUACUAAAUGAAAGCUUUGAACCCUGUAAGGCAAUUUCAUUGUUGAAUAGGGAACAUAAAAUAUUUCCUGAGAAAUUGGUGCAUCCAAAUGUUGAGAUCCUGUUGCUUAAUGACUGUGAUAUACAAGGUACAUGCUUUCAAGGGAUGAAAGAAUUGAAAGUUUUAAGUCUUACGUCCUUUUCUUCGUGCGUUAUUUCCUUGUAUGCUCUUACGUCCUUACGAAAACUUCGUGUUCUACAUUUGGCCUUUUUUGAGGACCUAUCAUACCUUGGAAAGCUAACGACACUUGAGAUUCUUAGUUUGCGUACUACAGAAUUUGAAGGUUUGGCAGAUGAACUAGUGAGGUUGGUAAAUCUAAAGAUAUUGGAUUUAACCGGAUGUAGAUUUUCCUCAAGAUUUCACCCUAAUGUCAUUCGAAGGUUAUCUAAGCUAGAGGAGUUGUACUUAAAAGGUUCAAGCAUUGGAGAGGAAAGUGAUGAUAUCCUUCUAGAGAUAAAAUUCCUGACUAGAUUGACAGCAUUAUCCUUGUCGAUAUCUUCUUCCCAUUUUAUAGAAGACUUCGAGUUUCCAAGAUUAGAAGAAUAUAAUAUAUUCUUACGUGGUACACAGGAUAAACUUGGGUGUCCACAUCCAGAACAGUGGGGAAAAUUCCUCGAAGAAGCAGCACGAAAAAUUAGUUAUGAGAUUCAAGGUCUAAAUUCCGUUGUUAAUCUCACAAAAAGAUCCUUGAAAAUUGAGGGAGUGUUUCCUUACAAUGUGGUUUCCCAAUUACUUGAGAAUUUAGAGUCUCUUCAGGUGUUUGAUAUCAAGGAUGAGUAUAUAGAAGGCUUGACUGAUCAAACACAACUGAUUGUGUCGGUUUCAGUGAUCUUACAAAACCUAAAACAAGUGAGAAUUGAAAAUUGCAUGAAUUUGGAAGUGGUAUUUCAAACGGAGAAGGUAGAAGGAAAUGAAGCACCACCACUGCUCUCAAAUUUAAAGUCUUUACGUCUUAAAAGGUUGAUUGAUUUGAGCUGUAUUUGGGAAUUGCCAACCCAACAUGUAAGACUUGAAAGUUUAGUUGAUUUGAGGAUAGAAGAUUGCCCAAGUCUAAAAUCACUCUUCUCAGUUUUUCUUGCUCAAGGUCUGGUACUCUUGGAAAAACUUAAGAUAAUCGGUUGUGGCGAACUGAAGCAAAUAGUCACAGAAUUGGAAGGUGAUGAGGAAGAACUAUCCCGGAGCAUUGAUUCUCAUAAUUCUUUGUGCUUCCCAAAGUUAAGAAAAGUACACAUAGAAAAUUGUGAUGGUUUGGAGUAUAUUUUUCCAACGAAGAUCGCUGCACAAGGGCUUCGGGUGUCGACUCUUUUCAUAAAGAAUUGCUGUCGAUUAAAACAAGUGAUCAGAGUUGCCAAAGACAUGGUGGAAAAUGACAUUAUGUUCCAACAACUACAGUUUUUGAGAUCUUUAUCGUCCUUUUCAGUGUCAGGUUGCCCUCAAAUAACUGAUUCGGUUGUUCAUUUAGAUGCUGAGGAGGCUUAUCUAGAGGGGAUUCGAUUAUCAGCUUUCAAGGAACCGUUUAGCGGUUCAAAGCAUCUUCAACUAAGUGAAAUUGAGGAUCAAAAUCUAGUUCCAGAAGCAAACAGAGAGGGACUAAAUGGAUUAACUUCACUUGAACUGAGUCAAUGCAAGGAUCUUGAUUGCUUGGUUGAUACCACAACAAUGAAUGAGCUAACUUCUGCAUUCACUCAUUUGGAGAGAUUAAGUAUAAAUUAUAUGGAUGGUUUGGAAAGCUUAUGCAAGGGUCACCCUCCACAAGGUUUCCUCAAAAACUUGAAAGAAUUGCUUAUUAGAGACUGUAAUAAGUUGCAAGUGGUGUUGUCAAUGGAUGAACUCCUUUAUAACAGGGUACCACUUUCAAAGUUACAAUCCUUGGAGCUUGAAAAUUUACCAGAUUUGAGAUGGUUAUUCAAAGGCUCUCCUCAUUCUUUCAUCUUCCAAAGUCUUAAGGUAGUAAACAUAGGUGGAUGCGGGGAAUUGAAAUCCCUCUUUUCACCUUCCCUUAUUCAAAGCCUAGUGCUUUUGGAAAAACUCCAGAUAAGAAGCUGCGACGAAUUGAAAACUCUUUUGGCAGAGCCGGAAAAUGAUGAUGAAAUGGAAUCAAAGAGUUCUUCCCUUCCUCUGUGUUUGCCGAAUCUGAAAACUCUUUACAUCCAUCAUUGUUGA